CAUGGUUAGAAAAUAUUACGCAGUAACGAGUACUCUUCAUUUGUAAAUGAUGUGGUGGAAACCAAUGUAAACAAUGAUGCUUUCUGUUUCAUAGAUGAAGAUAUAGGCUCAUAAAGACAAAGCCACAGAUUACAAUGAAUAUUGGAGUGUUUGGUCGGGUGCGGCCAAGUUUAAGGGCUGAAGGUGCAGAAAACUUGGUGAUAGAAGGUCAGAGGUUAGCUGCAACACAUAGAGGACCAUAUCUCAAUUUUAAAGCCUUACAUCGUCAGGAUGCCUCUAACCUUGAUUUGUUCAGAAGUAGUGUUGAUGAACUUAUUGACUUUUUAUUGGCUGGAUUUAAUGUGUGUCUGAUGGUGAUGGGAGAGAGCGGGUCUGGAAAGACAUACACGCUAGCUGGCGAGGGAACGUCAAGGGCAGGGAUUGUACCUAUGAUAUUUGAUACACUGUUCUCGAGACUUAACGGAGACCGUUUUAUGGCAGAUAGUCGUCGUGUAAAACGUGACAAACCCAUCGUCUCCUUAGAGAUGUUUGAAGUGUAUAAUGAACUAAUUAAAGAUUUACAGCAGGUGCCUGGCCACAAUAGUGCUUACCUGGAACUUGGUGAUACAGCAGAAAAAGGAACUUAUGUGAAGUUAAAAGACUUUCAAUUUGAUAGUGUAGGUUAUUUUAUGUUGAUGUAUAAAUGCAUCAAGUUGUUGGCAGAAUUAAUCAGUGUAUUUUACAAGUUAGUGGGAGAAAAUCCAUCUCCAAACAAAUCUCGUUUUACUCUGGUUGAGUUACCUGGCCUUGAAAAGCUUUCUGACGAUCCUAACCAACUACGUCAAAGGGAAGGACCAGCUCUGAGUAAAGCUCUGAUUGCCCUAAACCAGGUGGUAACAUCACUGUCUUCAAACCCAUUCCCUGACAGAGUUAUCAACUAUAGUGACUCUAAGCUGACACGACUGCUAAAGGACGAGUUAGGUGGGAACUGUAAAUCUCAUGCUAUUUUGUGUCUGAAGCCAGCACCCAAUUCCGAGACUCUCUCAGCCAUACUUAACUUUACAACACGUGUAACACAAGUUAAGAACUUCCCAGUUGUUAAUGACAGUUAUGCCCAGAACUUAUUGACGCAGUAUCGGGCUCGGAUUAUUGACCUCCAGCAGCAGUCUGGUGUUGGUCCCGCACCAAUAGCUGCCAGAAUGACAAACGCAGGAGAUGUGAAGGAGACUAUACGAAGUCUUGAAACAGAAAAUCUGCGGUUACGAGAGGAGAAUGAGCGUCUACGUGUCCGCAAUGAGAGUAUACAGCAGAAGUUUGGCUCCCUGGCUCACACAAAGACCGAUCUAUCACAGGAACUUUUGGUUACAGAAGAGAGCAAACUCAAGUUGUCACAGACAUUGGUUGAGAUGAACAUAGAAAAUAAUAAGAUACUGGAGGAGGCUGAGGCCACCAAGUUUGAGCUGACAAACAAGAUUAUAGUACUGGAGAGUGAGUUAUUGGAGGCACAACAGGAGAGAGAUAGAGCUGUACGUCAGGCGAAACACAGCAAGGAACGUCUUGCUGAAAUGGAGAAAGAUCGUAAAGAUCUCGCUGAUGAAUAUGUUGUCUUGAAAACAAACUAUCUUGCCCUUGUCAGAGAACAUGAAAAAGAGAGAGACAGAAAUGAGGAGAUGAGUGUUGAGUUGUUAAACUUGGUCAACACGAAAGCUGCCUUGAUGAAACAAGUGGCCAUACUGAACAACGGUGACGGCUAUAACGCCGGUGAGGCAGAUAGAGAGAUAGACAGGGUGAAGGCCAUUGUUAUACAAAAAUCCUCGGGUAAAGUGAAGGUAGAUGAAAUCCUUGGUACUCAGAGAGAUAGGGAAUCUAUUGAGCAGUCGCUGUUUGCCAACAAGAAGAGAUAUGAAAGUGAGUUGGAUAGACUACGCCGGGAACAUGGAGACGAGUCUGGGAAAAUGUCGCAGCAAGUUGCUGACCUGCAGAGAGACCUCAAAGAUGCUAGAAAUCUGGCUAGAGAAAGACAACACAAAAUAUCAGAAAUCAAUGCUGCACUGAUUAUGGCCCGCAGUGACAAGGAACAGCUUGAAGUUCAAGUAAACAGGUUACAACAUAAAUGUAAGGAUCUUGGUGAAGAUUUCAGAAUGAGGCUCAUCAAAUAUGUUGAGGAUAUCUCUGACUAUAUGGACAAUGGUGGAGGCGUGCCCGAUGCUAAACGUGAGAAGAAGAUGAAGGUAUAUGUUGAUAACAUGUUGAAGGAUAUCACAAUGUCACACAAAGAUCGUGAGGACCAGCUCAGUCAAGCUGCACAACAAUAUCGGGAACAGAAGAGAAAGUUUGCUCAUAAAUAUGAGGAACUACUUGUGGCUUACAGAAACUUGAGGCUAACAUGUGAACAGAGAGGAAUGGAUCCAGUAGAUCUUGGCCCAGAUGAAAACAAACUAAAUAUGUCUGACUCUGACAUCACAACUAACCAUCUGAAAGAAAUUAAUAGACUAAAGUCUGAGAGAGAUGAUCUGAGGGACCAACUUAACUCCAUAAAAAAUAAAUAUGGAUUCACAGAUGACUAUAAAGAACUGACAUUAAGACCUGGGGAAAAACCUCCAGAAACUUGGGCACAGUUACGGAAGAAGCUGAGAGAGUUCACAUUAAACACUCAACGUCAGCUUGAAGAUGAACGGACAAAAUUACUGAGUGAAAACGAGGUGCUGAAGGAACAAUUAAAGGAAAGCCAGGACUAUAUAGACAACCAUCUAGGAAAGUAUAAAACAGAGAUAUUAAAGUUACGGAGAAUGCUUGGAUAUGAUGAAGAUGGAGUACUUGUUACAGACAGAAGUGGGAAGUCAAGGUCAAGAAGACACUGAGGUCAAGGUCACAAUAAUACUGAUGUCAGGCACACAUUUUGACCUCUUGACUUGUGAUUCAGAGAAAAAGAGAUGGUGUUGAAACAAUGUCUUCCAAAUAUAUCUGCACUUACAUAAAAUAUGCAAUAAACAUUGUAUAAAUAUAAUAGAUCAGCUUUUUAUAACAUUGAACAAUGACAAUAUUAGAAGAUUCAUUUAAAUGAUUAUUCAUAUAUAAUGUACCUCAUUUUAUUUUAUUGCAUAGAAAAGUGUUCUUUGUCAUAAAUGUUUGAUAGAAAACUGUAUUGUUUAUAUAUAAUUGAGGGCACAUUAAUACAUGUUAUAUCAUAUGAUAGUCCCUUGCUAUUACAGUGUCCCCACAAACACUGUUGGUAAUCCAAAUAUAUGUUAAUUUGCAUACCAAGCACAACCUGAAACAUGGCAGAUUGACCCACAUGUUAUUCUCACUGAUCACGCCAUGUUUACUCUAAAGUAAAAAUGCAACAAUAAGUACCAGUGAAAUAUAUUAAUGAAAGUGAGUAUUUAAUCUUAUUACAAUUUGCUGGAAAACAAUUAGAACCACACAAGGACCACCCAUUUGAAUAACAUGUAUACAGAAAUAUUUUGUUCACAUUGGUCUUUUUUUCUUCAUACAUUUAUUUUUAUUUUUGUAUACAUUUAUUUUCUAGUUAAAUUUCUUUUACCAUGAGGCAGCACAACAGUUCACAUAGAUUAAAUUAUUUUCACCUCUUGCACUUAAUAAAUACAUAAAUGUAAUUAUAUUGUCACAAAAUUAACCCAACCUCAUGAUGUCAUUUACAUUGUACAGAGAUACAUGUAAACAUUUAUUUUUGUUUCUGAUGUAUUUUUCUAGGACUCUAUUAAAUAUUUUAUUUUAAUGUAAAAGCUUGAGUUUUCAUUUUAUUAUUCUAUGAAAUGUAAAAUUAAAAAGUUUCUUGAAAUGUAAAAACAUUUAGUUGCCUCAAACCCAGACGUAAUUAGUUUAUUUAAUACAGCAUUGUUGUUGUGAGGUAGUUUGUCUGGAUAUAUGUUGUUUUAUUACAAUUGUAUUAUUACAAAGAUUGUAAUUAUUCCGUCCUCAUUUAAACUCUGUGAUACUGCAUUCAUCCAUAUGCUUUUAGUGCAAUUAUCUGUUUAUAUAAACAUGCUUUAUGUGCACCAGAUUUACCUAGAUCUGCCAAAUAAAUGUUCAUAGAUAAUUA